CUUGCAUUGUUCUCGGCAGUCUGAAGAACUGAGCUGAAGUCUAAAGUUCUUCAGCAUGUUGUUCGUACUUUUCACGAUCAAAUUCUGCUUAAUUUUAUCCACGACUGCUGAAAAUGAAAAUCAAACAAGCAUCCUACCCGACAGAAGCAAUCGGAUAGAAGAUAUUUAUGUGCGGUUUUACAAUGGAACGAGUACAGAAGACUACGUUGACAUGCCUCUAUCGCAAGCCUGUCGGCUGGUGGACAUCAAGGGCUUCGACAAGAACAGUCCCACCGUGCUCUACAUCCACGGCUUCAUAGAGACUGCGCAGCAGGAGAGCAUUCAGGUGGUAGUAAAUGCCUACCUUGAAUCCAGACCUGGCACAAACGUGAUUCUUCUGGACUGGUCAAAUAUGUCCCACGGCUCUUAUUUACUUAAUGCUGCAAGGAACACAAAAAAGGUGGGUGCAGCAGCAGCAGAACACCUGAACUCUCUCCUGGAAGCCGGUCUAUGUCUAGAUAAAGUUCAUAUCAUUGGCCACUCGCUAGGCAGCCACGUGGCCGGCUACACGGCGAGGGAUCUACAGCAUACAUAUAACAAGACUGUCAAAAGGUUAACAGCCUUGGACCCGGCAUUUCCCGCGUUCUACCCCGAUGGGGUAGUGAUGGAACAUGUCAACGCGAAAGACGCGGAGUUUGUGGACGUGAUUCAUACGGACGCAGGGGGCUACGGGGCCCCAGUGCGGACGGGCACGGUGGACUUUUGGCCUAACGGUGGCAAGAGCAUACAGCCCGGCUGCCCUCGGUUCGCCCCUGUACCUCUCUCAGAUGACAACCUCUGCAGCCAUUGGCGCUCGUGGCGCUUCUACGCGGAGUCGGUAAGGAGUCCCGAAGCGUUCCCGGCCUCGCCCGCCGAUUCCUACCACAAGUUCCGGGACAACCCCUGUCCUGAGCAGGGCAUGAUCUACAUGGGCUACAAAUGUGAUACUAGUGCUAACGGCAAUUUCUACCUGACAACGAAUUCCGCUUCCCCGUUCGGCAAAGGCAUGGAUGGAUUAUACCCGAAGAGUAAAAAGAAACUAGACAAAAACUCCACUUGAGUUCAGAGUUUAAGCCUUAGUAUUUGUCCAGUUAGUUUUAAUGAUCAAGAUUUUUUAGAAAUUAUAAAAAAAUACUAUUGGUCACUCAACGUUUGGUUGUACGUACAAUGUUGCACGCACAGCUAGAUGUAAGUAACUAGUGCAAGUAAAAAUUGGUACAUAAAUGUGUGAAGUUUUGAAACCCCUAAUUUCCUUUGACUCUUUUUCAUAAAAUAAUACAUAAUUAUAUCGUGAUAAAGUAGGUAAUUAUAUACAUCAAUGGCCUUUGACUGAUAAUUUAAUUGCUCCCAUCAUAUUUAAACUGUAAGAUCAAAGUAAGCUUAAAAUCAACAAAACUUAAGACUACCUGAUCGAGCUAAGUGCGCACUCCGCUGGAAUGCGACUCCCUCCCACUUAUUCGCACACCUCUCCGCUUUCGCCCCGUGUCCGUACCAGUACCUACCUCUAGCAUGAACAACUUUCGUCUUCGAAUCGUUUGCGUAUUCGAUAAAAUUCGAUACUUAACCUUCGAAUUAAACGAUAACGUGACAAUUUUGACGUCACGAUUGCCAGUUGCUCAAUUAACUCGAUCGGAUUGUACAACUUCAUUUUUCGAUGUUAAAGGAAACCAAUUCAGGUUUACCACAACCACAUCUAUCGAUAUUUUUUCCAACUAGAAAAUUACAUUUUCGCUUUCACAACGAUUUUGCAUUUCAUUGCGAUCACAAUAACUUGGAUAACAAGCUAGUGCGUGAGCAAGAUGUACAGUCACUACACCGAAAUAGUUAUUACGUCGUCAAAAUGUAGACCCUUAAGCAUAUUGCAGUAAAGAGCAAUUUCCAUAACUGUAGGUACACACAGUUAUGCGAAACAAAAGGCAAUAAAGGUAAUGAUAGUGGGUAAACCACCAAUGUUAAACUAUAAAAAUAAGUGCAUGCUCCAAAUGAGGAGAAAAUCACACCAUAAACAAUAGGAAAAGAGGUUGUUUUUCACAACUCACAUGAAUUUUAAUGAAACAUCUAUGUAAAAGGAAAGAUGUUCAAAAUCUAAUACCUAAAAACGUGCUACAGGUUUAGCGCUUCUUCAGGCCUGAGGUGUGGGAGCGGCACGGGAGAGUGACAUUGACAUAAAUUAAGCCGUGACAGGGCAUACAAACACAAAACCUGAUGUUUCACUGACCUCCUCCUAACUCAGGCAUUGACUGAGUUAUGAACUAGACAUAUACGAACAUUAAUUUUAUUGACUGUCGAUAUUGCAAUAUUGCAUGUCUUGUACAAAUUGGCUCAAUGUACCUCGGUAUACGAGGUCUUUGGAAUGCCUACGAUAUUUUAAAACACAUCUAACUACUUACCCAAUAAUAUUUGUAGCACAGUUAAAUCUGCUUAUACCCGUUUUCACCAUCAAUCCCUAAACCAUAGGGAUCACUUAAAAAUUAAGGAUGGAUGGCGAAUACGGGCGUUAGACUACUACAGAUACCAUGGCUUAUUUAAUCUUCUUUGCCGUACCCUAACGCCCGUAUUCACAAACGAUGCUUGCAUGUGAAGUAUCAAAUCAAACUCACAGCGUUGAAUAGAGCUCUGUGAUUGGUUCGUGCGUGGUGGUCACCCUGUGCGUCCACGCGCACUGUGAGACCUCAUAGUAAUGUUUUCAAAUACGGACGUUAUUAUUGUUAAUAAAAAAAAGAAUAAAUACUUGCCUACUACGUAUUAUGUCACGAAUAAUUUUAUAGCAUUUCGGCAGAGAAUAGAUAUUUAAAAAUAGGCGUAGAAUCUCACUAUUAUGUAUAAACUAUUUAUAAACAUCACAUUAGUUUAUGAUAUUACACAUGAUUACGACACUAAAUGAAAAUGAUAAUUAUAAUGAUAAUGAUAAUUUGAUAAAGGAAGUAAUGAAUGAAGCACAUUCAACUUUAUAAACAAUUUUAUUUGUAACACUUAGUUAAAUUGGUAUGUACCGACAUAGUACUUAAUAUUUAAAUGGACGGAUGGUCCAUAAUCGGUAGAGAGUAAACGACAAACAAUAUUGUAAUGGUGUUCAUUAGAAUUAAUAAUUUAAUGUUGUGUUGAUUUUCAUAUUAUUAGUGGAUUGUAAUAGAAAUAAUUCAUCUCUUUUAAAUUAUAAUUAAUAUCCACCGUAUUUUUGUCGUCGUUUUCCUAUUCAAAUAUUUUAAAUAGAAAAACUUUAUGUUGUUUAAAUUAUUGAAUUUAGUUCGACGCCAAAUUGUAAAAUAUAAAAUACAAAAUUGAAAGAUAAAUCAUUCUUUUUUGUAACUCGAAUUGAAAUAACGUGUCUAAGGUUAUUACAUCACAGUUUUUAAAGGAAAAAUUCAGUCCGUAGUAUUAUACAAUAAAAUUGGUAAUAAAAUUCUUAUGCUUAAAUUCAUAGUGAUCUAUUGAUCAUCUUAUUAUAGACCACUUUGGCCAAUAUUACGAAAAUCAAAAACUCAAACACAAAACUCGAUUUAAUCUUGAGCAUGGAGUUGAAUAUACUCUUGAAAUUGGUUCAAGUUUUAAACAUCGUUUAGUAAUACGGGCCUUAGACUAUAGAGACGCACAAUAUUUGUAUUUUAUAAGUGUUGUAAGUAUUUAAUUAUUUAGUAUACAUAUACAUAUAACUAACUAAUUAUAAUAUAUGUUGUUUUAGAUGUUGUAGCGUAUGAAUAUGUAGGCAGACUUGGAGGCUAUAAAAAUUAUGCUGUGGACCGUUGGAUUUUACCUUUAUGUUAAUGUUUGUAUGUUGUAUAAUUAUUGUAUGUUUAAAAUCGUCUCGAAUGUAGCACAGACUUAUGUUUUAGUAUUUUCUAUGUAUAUUUUUGGCGUUUGUUAAACGAUAUCCUAUAUUUGUUGUUGCAUAAGAUAAUAUUUGUAUGAACACCACAUUUUUGUCCAAAAAAUAACAAAAACAAAAAAGAACAAUAAAACAACAAAUCAUAAACACAAAACGAUUCAUGAAAGUUAGUAUUUGUAAUGAACUUGGUGGAUACGAUUUGAUAGAGUUUAUUUUUGGUUUUUAAUGUUAUGGUAUUAUAACUGUUAUUAGUGACCUGUAUAUACGGUACUUAAUCGAACAAGCUUUAUAUAUAUUCGGUAUAGUUACCUAAUUUUAAGUAUAUAGGUACCUGAAAUUAAUCAACGCAUAAAUUAAAUUAACAACAAAACAAAAUUAACUUCAGCAAAUGAAAUUGCUGUAUUUGAAACUUAAACAUUUGACUGUAAAAUAAUUUGAAAACAGCAUUAAAAUGGUACAUUUUAAA